UAAAUCUCUGAACUAACACCAAAAAAUGGCUGGAAAAUGCCAUUGAAAUCGAAGGAAGUCAAGACCUAGAUGAGGGAAAUUACAUUGAAGUUUCCACCUUCCAUCUCCAUUAAAAAAGAGAGAGAAAAGAAAAAAAUUGGAACAAAUUCAAAAGCCCAUUUAUCUCUUUCUCUUUUUCUUGUUUCCGUGUUUUUUUGUGCUUAUAAAAGGAGAGAGAAGAAGUGAGUUGUGCAAAUUUCAAAGGACUCCUUCAACAAUCGCCCAUCUUCCCAACUCCCAGUGCAGGGAGAGAGGUCUUCACAAGGCGCUCUCUCUCUCUCUCUAUUGAACUCAGAAUCUGUGUUUUGGGUGGUUGAUUUUGGUCGUUGUUGUAGUUUAUCGAACCCCAUUUCCAAACCCAACUCCUCUGUUUCUUUAUUCAGAUCCGUACAGCUUUGGUAUAGAUUGGAGGUAUUUAUAUAGACUGGUUCGUACCCUCUGAGUAUUUCGUAUCAGUCUACAAAACCCAGGUGUGGAUACGGUGAUUUCUCAGUACUGACUGAGCUCCAUGAAUUCGGGAGGUGAAGUGGGUGUUCAGAUCCAGCAGGGUCGUGGAUUGCCUGAUUUUCUUCAGAGUGUCAAUCUCAAGUAUGUGAAAUUGGGGUAUCAUUAUCUGAUAACCCAUUUGUUGACUCUCUGUUUGAUCCCUUUAAUGGCCCUGAUUAUCGUCGAGGCUUCACAGAAGAACCCAGAUGAUAUUCAUCAGCUUUGGCUUCACCUCCAGUACAAUCUCGUCAGUAUCAUCAUUUGCUCUGCUUUUCUCGUUUUCGGAUCCACCGUCUACAUCAUGACUCGUCCUCGAUCCAUUUACCUCGUCGACUACGCCUGUUAUCGCCCGCCGUCCCACCUCCAAGUCCGGUACCAUCAGUUCAUGGAGCAUUCGAGGCUCACCGGCGACUUCGACGAGUCGGCGUUGGAGUUCCAGAGAAAGAUCCUCGAGCGGUCUGGGCUCGGAGAGGAGACUUAUGUGCCGGAGGCGAUGCAUUAUAUUCCCCCCCAGCCUUCCAUGGCGGCGGCACGUGAAGAGGCCGAGCAGGUGAUGUUUGGUUCAUUGGAUAAGCUAUUUGCUAAUACCAAUGUUAAGCCUAAGGACAUUGGAAUACUUGUUGUGAAUUGUAGUCUGUUUAAUCCAACUCCAUCCUUGUCUGCUAUGAUUGUUAACAAGUAUAAAUUGAGGGGUAAUAUUAGGAGUUUUAACCUAGGAGGAAUGGGGUGUAGUGCUGGUGUCAUAGCUGUUGAUUUGGCUAAAGAUAUGUUGCAAGUUCAUAGGAAUACUUAUGCAGUUGUUGUUAGUACUGAGAACAUUACUCAGAAUUGGUAUUUUGGGAACAAGAAAUCCAUGUUAAUCCCCAAUUGUUUAUUUCGGGUUGGGGGAGCAGCUGUUUUGCUGUCAAAUAAAUCUGGAGACCGAAGGCGGGCCAAGUAUAAGCUUGUUCAUCUAGUGAGGACGCACCGUGGGGCUGAUGAUAAGGCAUUUCGGUGUGUUUAUCAGGAGCAGGAUGAUGCUGGGAAAACUGGUGUUUCAUUGUCCAAGGAUCUCAUGGCAAUUGCAGGGGGUGCCCUUAAGACUAAUAUCACCACAUUGGGUCCCCUUGUGCUUCCAAUUAGUGAGCAGCUUCUUUUCUUUGCCACACUUGUUGCCAAGAAGUUGUUUAAUGCUAAGGUCAAGCCUUAUAUACCGGAUUUCAAGCUUGCGUUUGAGCACUUCUGCAUACAUGCUGGUGGGAGGGCUGUGAUUGAUGAACUUGAGAAGAAUCUGCAGCUUUUGCCCUCACAUGUUGAGGCUUCUCGGAUGACUCUUCACCGGUUUGGUAACACUUCAUCAAGUUCCAUUUGGUAUGAGCUAUCUUACAUCGAGGCCAAGGGGAGGAUGAGGAAGGGGAACCGAGUGUGGCAGAUUGCUUUUGGAAGUGGAUUCAAAUGUAACAGUGCAGUUUGGCAGGCCCUUCGGAAUGUGAAUCCCUCUCCUAAUGGCCCAUGGGAAGAUUGCAUCAACAAGUAUCCAGUUGAGACUUAUUUUUGCAGAACAAUCCUUAUCAAAAUUCCUGAUCAAGAAAGUUGUAUUUAGUUGAUGCCUGAUCUGUAGAUAUUCUGUGGAGUCUGUUGAGGUCUUUGUAUUAUUUAGAGAUCCUUUGUCACAGAGGAGACAGCAAAUUUGAAUCUUACAAAUGGAAGCAAGUGGCCCUGUAUUUCUUGCAGUUACACCUGCUUUAGGCUAGUUUGGUGAUGGGGACUGUUGCAAGCUUGUGGGAAAUUUCACAUGCCACAUCAUUAUUUCCUUGGAGGGUGGGCCCUGCUAAUGUAUCUUACUUCCAGUUGGCCAUACUGAAUUUCCGUUUGUGCUUCAGUUUGGCCAUACCUGUUUUCUUUUAUACAGCUGUCUCCUAUGAUAUUAUUAAGAGUAUGGAGCUGGAACUGGCAUCACUGUCCACUUGUCUUCCUACUUUUGGGGGAAGAUAUAGGGCUUGGUUUUUUAUCCUACAAUCUUCUUUUUCUCUUAA